AUGCCGCCAGAUCCGGCCAGAAAGCUUGCCGAACUAAUCCAGCAAGCUGGCAGACUGCGCAGCCUGCCUGAACACAGCCGGGCAGAGCACGAACGGGAGCUGUUCGGCGAGGUGCGAUUGGGCCUCCUGCAGCCAGAUGCGCUUGAAGGGUCUUUCGAGCCAAAUGACAUGGCAGCCAUGCUGCGUCUCAUGGUGAGCUGUGGGCAGAAGAAGCGCUUGGCAUCAAGAGCCGUCGAAAAUUUGAAGCAGUUCUUGAACAGCAGGCCGUGGCUCAAAGUGGCACAUGGCUCGCCGGAGCUACUGAUGGAGCUCAAAGGCUUCCUACUGGAAAAUCCAGAGGUCACGAAGGAUGCCGACAUGACGGCCAUUGCUGCAUUGUUGGAAGCUCCACCAAGCGACAGCAAGCGCAGGCCCGACUCUCCGUCCACCCCUGCCAAGCUGGAUGAUGAGCCACGCAGGAUGAUCUUGGAGCCGCUGCAGCAGGGCCGUGAACUCAUGGCUUCGUGCAGAUGGCAAGUGGCAGGCGAUGAGUCUGGUCAAGCUCUCUCCCUGUUCUGCCGCGGCGUGUCCCGCCUAGCUGGCACUGCCGUCGGCCGGGAGGCCAUGGAGGCGCCAGGCGCGGGCCGAACCGUUACAAUGCGUGAAACCCUAAACCCUAAACCCUCAACCCAAACCCAAAAUCCAAAACCCAAAACCCAAAACCCUAAACCCUAA